CUGCUGUCUUUGAGGUGCUGCAUGCCAACUUUACAAUCUGAUUGGCCUUUUGAGUGACCCUGCAAGUUUAAGGGGGAGCGGGCUUUAACUGUUACCACAAACAGAAAGUGGGAGGCUGUUUUGAUGACAGCAGUUAUAAAAGAGGAAGAAAGCACAGGAUAGUAAGGAAAGAAAGAAGGAAAAACAAAAGUUAUAAAAAUAUCCCCGAGCGCUACGGAGGACCCUGAAAACUGACAUGAAUAAUCGCUCUAUCGCCUGGUGGCUGAGACAAAUCGGCCUGCCCCAGUACACCAAGACACUAGAGAGUGAAUAUUAUGGUCUAGAGGGGUUGCUACAUGUAACAGAUGGAGAGCUGAAAGAUGCAGGGAUAGAAGAUGAAACACACAGAAAAAUCCUUCUCACUCAUCUUUCAAGACAUCGACCAAGGCUGGACCCACACUCUGCUUCAUUUUUAACAAACAGCCAUGAGGGUGAUGUACAGGUCGUAAAGCGCAGAACCAGCCGAAAAUACUCUCUGGGAUCAUCUAUGGAUCUGGAGAAACCAAAGGGUCUGUUUCGCCAGAGUGUUCUUCCCCGCCUCCAGAGGGCUGAUAAGAAAAACCGUCUGUCUGCUUCCUGUUCGCAGCUCCGCCCCCUGGAGGAGAAUAACACUGUCAGUCAGGAGAGCAAACACAGCAAGAGGAGGAGUAUCAGUGCAUACCUCAGCCAGUUCAAGGUGUUUGGUGGUUUGAAAGAGAUGGACUCACUGAAGAAAGAGUUGGAAGAGGAGCUGAAGCUUAACAAUGAGAAUCUGAGGAGUCACGCGUGGUAUCAUGGACCACUGAGCCGAGAGAAUGCAGAGUCUCUGUUUGAGAACAACGGGGACUUCCUCGUCCGUGAUUCAAGUUCUGUUCCUGGGGACUAUGUUCUGAGCUGCUUUUCGAAUAACAUCCCUUGUCACUUUAAGAUCAUACGCGUGGUUCUUCGACCUAAACAGGGCUACACUCGGGAGCUGUUCCAGUUUGAGGAAGAUCGCUUUGACAACAUUCCUGCUCUGAUCCGAUUCCAUGUGGGUGGGCGUCAGCCAAUAUCCAAGGCUUCAGGUGCUACUAUCUCUCGCCCAGUCACACGGACCCUUCCUCUGCGUGUCAUCAUUGAGAAAAAUGAAAAGCUUAAGAGUAGCAGUAGAGGUGCAGGAGGAGAAAAACAAACUGACCACAGCAAAAGACGCAGCUUCAGCUCCCCGCAUAGUGACACACUGCAAGUCAUCAAUCCACUGCUAAGGAGUGGAAGCCAGCCCGCUGACUUGGAGAAUGUUGGACGGAGGCCUUCACUUCAGUCUGCACAGUCUGACAGCAACCUACGAACUGGUGUCCCACAGAGCACUCAAUCAGAGGUCACUGGCCCUGAACCCAUUUCCCCAGUGUUUCGUACAGGCAGUGAACCUCUGCUGAGCCCACAACCGCGUCACACACGUCCUUCCCAUCCAGGUGGUGGUGUAACUUUGCGAGGUUCAGAUGGGCAGCUGCACCCUCGAGCUCCUCCUAAACCUCUCAGGGUCUCAGCUGUUUUCCCUAACACCUUACCCUCACGCCCCACAAAUCCUUCUUCUUUGUAUGAGGAGCUGGUUAUACAAGUGCCACAGUUGCGGCGGAAAGGCCACGUGGACAGACUGCGUGCAGAGGAGAAGUGGCAGAGCCGUGCACGCCUCACGGAGACUUCCUUUGGGUUACUGGAAGCCCAGGAGAAUGGAGCAUCAUCACAGCUGCUGUUUGACAAAGAGCUCCAGAGGAAGGCAGCAGAGGAAGUGGAGGACUGGCAUUUUCAACGACCACAAGUUGAAACAGCAUCCUGUUUCCAGCUGGACCAGUUUAAGUCACUGCUCUUACCAGAGAACAACCGGCCUCUGGAGCCCAGCGUCCUCCUCACACUCAAAGAGUUCUUCAACCGUUCAGACGCCAACAACAUGGCCCUGCACAUGCUCGCUAUUGAUUCUAAGGUAGCACGCAUCCUUGCCGUGACUGAAGAGCAGAGGAGGAUUAUGGGAGUAGAUUCAGGGCUGGAGCUUGUCACUCUGCCACAUGGACACCAGUUAAGACUGGAUUUACUAGAGAGGCAUCAUCUAAUAGCACUAGGAGUGGCAACAGACAUCUUGGGCUGCACAGGGACCGUGAGCCAGAGAGCAACAGUUUUACACAAAGUAAUCUUGUUGGCUCAAGCCCUGAAAGAACAUGUCCACAACCUUUACUCCUUCUCAGCUGUGAUGAAGGCCCUGGAGAUGCCUCAGAUAGUGCGCCUGGAGAUGACGUGGCGAGCACUGAGGAGGAACCAUACAGAGAGUGCAGUUUUAUUUGAAAAGAAACUCAAACCCUUCAUGAAGUCACUGAGUGAGGGAGAUGAGUCUGUAGUCCAAGGUCCCAUAGCUAUGCCACACCUGGUUCCUCUUCUAAUGGCGAUGGAGGGUGAGGACCCAGUGGAAAACAGUGAGCGGGGCUGUCAGCUACUCUAUGAUGUCCUCCAGUCAGCUCGCAGUGCUGUCUUACACGCCCAAGAUUAUCAGCACCAUGCACACACUCUGCUUGCAGGAGACUGGGAGACAGUCCCCGAGCUGCUGGAGGCUUUCCAGACGGAGUUUGCCUUGCGGCUGUUUUGGGGUCAACAGGGAGCGCUUGCUGAAAAAAAGGAGCGAUACGAGAAAUUUGACAAGAUUCUAUGUGUCCUCUCAGAUAAACUGGAACCUGUGGAGAUCAGUCCACAACAACCAGACACUUUGACCUGAGCCUGUUUUACCAGGUGGAAACUGUCAUCACAACUGUCCUCACUAGAGGAAAAUAAAGGCAAACGUGGAGGAAAAAUGUUCCAGCUGAGCCUCAGUGUGCUUGGUUAACAGAUUUCAGCUGUGAGAUUGUGAGAAACAGAGGAAAAGUACAUUUUCUUUUAUUUGCUAAGAUGUGAGACUGUUGAACUUGUAAAAAUGAUUAACUGGAAUAGGUGUGAUGACCAUUGCUGUGAAAGGGAUUUGGAUUAAUUUUCCUUUUGCAGGAAAUCCAAACGUGUUUAGGAUUUGUUUACAAAAAUCCAAUGUUUUCUAACUCUAAACUACUUGUUUUAUACUUGAAACUUUUGAAAACCAACCCAAGCAUUAUACAAGCUGGGCUUUUAGCCUACAGUAACUUCAUCAAUGGACUGUGGUUGCAAGUGACACACUAUCAAGUUUUAUUUCAGUGUUUGCAAUGCAAUAAAAACAGAAAGAUGCUUUCUCAGUUUUGCAGGUGUUGCUCAUAUGACGUCAUAAAGAAAAGACAUGAAUCUUUUUUUUAAUACAUGUAAAUAUAUUUCUUUUAAUUAAAAAAGGCUCAUGUACUGG